UUGUGUCACCAGUUGGCAGACAGCGUGUCCACCCAAAGCCCCGAGUCUCCAGACUUAGUCGGCAGUGCAACUGGACUCAGCGCGCAGCAAAAGGGGAUCAGACUUCACACACAGCACCGGGAGUCGCUUUUCCUCCAAAGGACCGUCCGAAAUCUCCACUGCCGACGGCUUUAUAAUAAAUCUCCAGCCAUCCCGAGCAGCACAGCACAGCACAGCCUGCGAAGAAUGCUGGACUUCUCCAAAGACGCACUUCAGACCAAGGACCGUAUGGGACAAGAGAAGUCGCGUUGACUGGAACUUUUGGAGAAGUGAAGACUCUCCAGAGGCAAAUUCACAUCUUUCUACUUGGAUGGAGCGUGACUUCCAGACCUUCACUUUGCCUUAAUUGCAUGAUGGGAUUUCCCACCCCCCCCUCCUCCGAGUAAUUAACGUAAAUCUGACUUCGCGCAUUAAUAACUGACUUUCUGAUAACCUGAGUGCCAGGUUUCCAUGAAGUUCACAGGUGCUCCUUGUGUCUCUCUCUCCCAUGAGGUCUUCAUGGAACCAGUAAACUGGACCCUGACUGAAAUCACCAGGCAUCUGAGAAAGGCUUAGAAGCAGUUAUUUCUCAAUAAAAAAAGGAAAGUGCACUCUGGAUGGGAUCAUAAUGUGGAUGCAUUUCUGCGACUUCUUGCUGCAAAUGUGCCCAAAAGAGGCUCGUUGGUGCCACACACGCAUCGCCGGUACAUGGUGGUGAAAUACACCUCCAAGCCUUCCAGUCCUGAAGCACCUUGGUUGGAAAAAUCCCUUUCUUCACAUCUCCAAAUGAUCCUCUCGUUAUUCCUCCUCCUUAUAUCAUCUAGCCAGCAGCACGGGUCCGAGGCUGAAUUCAACCACAGCAACAAGUUUCAGCAUGACAAUGUAAAGGAGCAAAACGGAGUGCAAGAUCACCAGCAUGAGAAGAUCAUCACUAUUAUGGGUGACGGAGUUGUUCACAGUCCAGAUUUCCCACUGGCCUACCCACGCAACAAAGUCUUGGUCUGGCGGCUAGUGGCUGAAAAUAAGAAUGCACGGAUACAGCUGACAUUCGAUGACAGAUUUGGUCUUGAGGACCCUGAAGAUGGCAUCUGCAAGUACGACUUUGUCGAGAUUGAAGAGCCCGGGGAAGCCACUGUCUUGGGUCGCUGGUGUGGAUCACAAGCCAAACCGGGAAACCAGGUGUCCAGAGGAAAUCAGAUUAGGAUACGCUUUGUGUCGGAUGAAUUCUUUCCGUCAGAACCUGGAUUCAGCGUUCGCUACUCCUUGCUUUCUGUGAGAGUUUCAGAACCAGAGGUCACAGUGGCAAUGCCAGCACCGGUGCAUAACUUAGAGGAGCUAUCUGAAACAGUCGCUGGCUUCAACACCGUGGAGGAGGUGAUGAAGUAUCUGGAACCUGAGCGAUGGCAGCUCGACAUGGAGGACUUGCACAAGCCAACGUGGCAUGUGCUGGGAAAGUCCUUCAUCCACCAUAAGAAAUCAAGAGGAGCUGUGGACCUAAACCUGCUGAAAGAGGAAGUGAGACUGUACAGUUGUACUCCCCGCAACUUCUCCGUGUCCCUCCGUGAGGAGCUGAGGAGGACGGAUGCCAUCUUCUGGCCCAACUGUCUACUUGUCAAGCGCUGUGGGGGCAACUGUGCCUGCUGCUCACACCGCUGCCAUGACUGCCAGUGUAUUGCCACUAAAGUCACCAAGAAGUACCAUGAGGUUCUUCUGCUGAGAUACAGAGGCGGAGGGAGAGGCCUUCAGAAGUCUCUGACGGAUGUUCCUUUGGAGCAUCACAUGGAAUGUGACUGUAUAUGCAAGGAUGAUUCAGACUGAUUAGAAAAUGGCUUCAUCUACUGACCACUUAAAACAGAUCUGCUAUCAAUGGCUGGCUUGCAGUUGUCACUGCUGAAAAAUGUAUAACAUGAGUACAAAAAAGACACCAAUUAACUCCUACUGUCUUCUUGUCGUUUUAAGGAAAAAAAAACACUGGGAUUUUUGAAUUCCUGGAUGAAUUGAGUUGCCAAGGUACGGCAAGACUUUCUGCAUUCCACAAGGAAUAAAAAAAAACAUGGAUUAAGGAGGAUUAUUUUUGUGUUAAAUAUCUCUGGAGGUGGUGGAAAAAGCUGGCAAUUUCUGACUCCGAAAGACCAGAAAAUAUAAGGACGUCAGGACGAUAAUUCAGGGCUUAAAGAUUCAGGCUGCCCUGGUUCCAUUGUUUGAAAGUUCCAGACUGUACAUAGUAGCGCCCCCCGUGGCUCGUUGCUGGUACUGUGCUUAACUAAGCCUCUGAAAAACGAGCAUCUCAUUGACUCUUUCAGU